AAAGAAAAGGAUAAUUCCAAUUAUAACCCUGAGAUGGACACUACAUAAAGAAAGAAAAGCAAAUAGUGAUGACACCAAAAGAGUCUAUUCACACUUCAAAAAACUGCCCUCACAAUUCAACGAAGAAUCUUCACACACAAAACACACACGAGGAAGCAGAACCCUCGUCUCAAGUCUCCGCCUUUUCCACCGCCGCCGCCGACCGCGGCGCCGCGAAGAGCGUAAUAAGAUGUCGGCUCCUGAAGAUAUGGCGGCCUGCGAUGAAAAAAUUGGGGAUGAAGCGAACCACCAGAACGGCGACGCCGUAACGGCGCCGUUCGAUCUCAAUGACUACACCGUAAUCAAGGAAGGGGAGGCUGAGAUUCUAAUGCACGUGAAAAAUGAAGUCUUUUAUAACAGAACCCAGGUUAAUAACAGGGACAUGUCUAUUGCUGUUUUGAGGACAUUUAUGUCGAAACGCAAACAAGAGCACGAAGCAAAGGCGACAAGGAAAAUGAAAGCUGGACCCAAGGUUGCAGUGGAACCUACCGUCGAACCGGAAGCUCUUACAGAUACGGUAAUGGAUGAUGGGACAUCUAACGGUGAAUGUGAAGUCUCUGAAGAGAUAUCUCAAGAUGAACCCUGUAGUAUCUCGGAAGAUCCAACCGCAAAGCAAGAAGGAAAAGGGCGGGGAGAAGUGAAACCACCUCGAGUUUUGGAGGCGCUGUCGGCUUCUGGACUCAGGGCUUUAAGAUAUGCUCGUGAGGUAGAUGGAAUUGGUCAAGUUGUGGCCCUCGACAAUGAUAAGGCGUCUGUUGAAGCCUGCAGGAGAAACAUUAAGUUUAAUGGUUCAGUGGCAUCUGCGAAGGUGGAGUCGCACCUUGCUGAUGCUAGAGUGUACAUGCUUACCCACCCAAAAGAAUUUGAUGUGGUCGAUCUUGAUCCUUAUGGUUCACCAUCUGUUUUCCUGGACUCUGCUGUUCAAUCAGUCGUUGACGGAGGCAUAUUAAUGUGCACAGCUACUGAUAUGGCAGUGCUUUGUGGGGGCAAUGGCGAGGUCUGCUAUUCCAAAUAUGGCUCUUAUCCGUUGAGAGGAAAAUAUUGUCACGAGAUGGCUUUGAGGAUCCUUCUUGCAUGUAUUGAGAGCCAUGCAAACCGGUACAAGCGGUAUAUUGUUCCCGUGCUAUCAGUACAGAUGGAUUUCUAUGUGCGGGUUUUUGUUCGUAUAUAUACUUCUGCUAGUGCGAUGAAGAACACUCCUUUAAAGCUGUCGUAUGUAUAUCAAUGCACUUGCUGUGAUUCUUUUCACCUUCAGCCUAUUGGAAGGACCGUCACUAAGAAUACGAGUGUGAGAUAUCUUCCUGGAUUUGGUCCUGUUGUUGCUCAAGAAUGUAGCGACUGUGGGAAGAAAUACAAUAUGGGUGGGCCCAUUUGGUCUGCUCCAAUCCAUGAUCAAGAAUGGGUUGCCUCCAUUCUAGCAGAUGUAAAGUUGAUUAAGGAUCGCUAUCCUGCUUUCAGUCGGAUUUCUGCUGUAUUAACCACAAUUUCAGAGGAAUUGCCAGAUGUACCACUGUUUCUCAGUUUGCAUAACCUCUGUGCAACGCUAAAAUGCACAUCUCCCUCAGCAGUUAUAUUUCGUUCUGCUGUGAUUAACGCAGGCUAUCGUAUUUCCGGAAGUCACGUAAACCCCCUCGGUCUCAAAACAGAUGCUCCAAUGGAUGUAAUAUGGGAUAUUAUGCGCUGCUGGGUAAAAAACCAUCCCGUGAAAGCUCAGCUGCCCGAUCAAGCUGGAAGCGUAAUCCUUGCAAAGGAACCUGUUCUACAGGCUAAUUUUGCACGAGCUGUAGCUUCGCUGAGUAAGGCACAGGCGAAAAAGGUUGCGAGGUUUCUUCCGAAUCCGGAGAGGCAUUGGGGGCCUAAGCUGAGGGCGGGGCGGCAGAUUACUAGCAAACACGUCUCUCUUUUAGGUGCGGAUGCAGUUAACGCAGUGCAUAACUACCAAGAAGAAGAAGAAGGUGGUGGUGACGAAGAUGAGAGAGAAAGCAAACAGACGAGUACACUUCCAUUGAGCAAUGCACACGGCGCAUGCAUCAAGUAGUCGAUUUUGUUUUUACCUGUUUAAGGCGCAACCCCAGUAUUUUUUUCUUCUUUUUUUUUUUUUCUUUUAUUUUAUAAUUUUGGUUGGUGUUCUUCUUCUCUAUUUUUUUUUUUUGUUUUUUUUUUUAGUGUAAUUGGGGUCUGCAGGUGGACUAUUGUACUAGAUUUGUUCUUUCUUAUAUUUUUUUUUUUUGGUUUUCUUCUACCAUUAUUUAUUGCAAGAGAACGAGGUCAAAUAAAUUUUGUUUUUCAAUUGUUAUAGAUAUUGUAAUCAUCAUUUUGUUUUGGAUUUACAUUUUUAUUGAUGGAGAUUGUUGUAUGACACAAGUAUUAA